AUGGCGCCCGUGCAAAUCCGGUCAGACAGCGGCAUUAAUGUUGUAGGUGCAGACGAAGGGAAGAUGUCAAUUUCCAUUGAUUUUGGAACAACAUUCUCUGGAGUGGCUUACGGCUCGUCAAGGAUUUCUGGUGGACAGAUUCAACAGAUACUCACCUGGCCUGGUUCAGUGGAAACAUAUAGAAAAAUCCCAACUUGUUUGCUGUAUGAUGAAGGAGGCCAGAUUCUUGCUUGGGGACUUGAAGCAAAACAUACAGCUUUACCCAACACCUACCGUUGCGAAUGGUUUAAACUCUUUCUGGAACCUCGAGCACUUCGUGAUGAUUCGGCAAUCGAUCCUCGUCUUCCCCAACUGCCGCCUGGAAAACGUGCUUUCGACCUCAUUGUCGAUUUCUUAAGCUGUCUUUGGGAAUACGCGAAAGAGCAAAUCACUCGAGAAAUCGGUGCUGUCGCAGAUCUGGCUUCUGCUGACGUUUGGUUGACUGUCCCCGCGGCCUGGGAUGCUAAGGGUUGUGACCUAAUGAGAGAAGCUGCUAUUCAUGCUGGACUCGUUCAUAGCUCAAGAGCAGGCGACACGCAAUGGCGAAACCGGCUUCAUAUCAUCACCGAGCCCGAAGCUGCCGCUGUUCAUUGCGCUCAUCUUACAGAUCUUCACCAUCUACAACCCUCACAGAAUUUCGUUGUUUGUGAUGCUGGCGGCGGAACCGUCGAUCUUGCUGUCUACAAGAUUAUUGGACAAAUGGAGAAUUUGGAAAUCGCAGAAAUCGCAGCCCGCUCGGGGUCUAACACCGGAAGUCUCUUCUUGGACCUAAGAUUUCGCGAGCUGGUAAAAACACUUUUGGCUGAUCAUCCAGCGCAUCUUGAUCCUGCGUCACUAGCAUAUUUUAUGCAUUCGUUCAGUGAAACGGAAAAGUUAGAUUACGCCGGUACCCAAGAUGACGACAACAUGUUCCAUUUCACCUGUUUUAAUGUUGAGGACCCAGACGAUCCGACGGUUGGAUUAAUGGAUGGGCAAUUGUCUAUCCCCGGUGCAUUAAUGCGACGCGAAGUAUUUGAUCCGGUCGUAGAGCAGGCUAUUGUCUUGAUUGAGGACCAACUUUCAAAGGUCGAUCAAAGGGUUGAUGCCCUCCUUCUUGUGGGCGGCUUCGCCGGGAGUGAAUAUCUCAAGCAACGCGUCGAGGAGCAAUUCGGGUCUCGAAUUCGGGUCAUCGCGCGGCCUGCUGAUGCCGAUACUGCAACUCUACGUGGCGCUGCGAGAUAUGGAUUGGCCCGACGCCCAUUAGUUGCUAGUGUCAUUGCUCCUCGCUCGUAUAUAAUGAAGGCGAGAAGGCAUUAUGUCAAGCUUCCAGCCGAACAAGAAGAUUGGCACAAGCGUCCUGCUUACAUUCGAAACAACGAUGCAGGUUAUCCCAUCUGUGAAAACAGGCGUUAUCUUGUACAAAAAGGUGCGAUAAUUAGGAAGGGGCAAAGGCUAACCACGAAAUUCUGUAAAUUUUCGCAGUCGGUCCAAGAUUCAUCUUUCGUAGCAGUCUUGUACACUAGCGAAUCAGAUAAAAUAAUGAGGUACAAUGACGAAGGAGAAACAACCGAAUUGUGUAAAUGGACGGUUGAUCUUUCUUCGCUUCCGGCCUUUCAGCAGAAUGCAUUAAUGGGCCAAUCGAGUGGAUUCUAUACCGAAUUCGAAAUUGGCUUGGAAUUGGAUAGUGCUGAAGUGCGAGGGAUUCUUUUGUAUAACAAUCAGGAAUGGGGCCGGUCAGUACUUUCUUCCAUAUUGUUAAACCAAGCUGAACACCAUCUUCAGAGUCACUUUUGA